AUGGUCGAACGUAUUGAAGAUUUAAAUUUACCCAAUGCAGUGAUCACACGUCUACUGAAAGAUGCCCUGCCUGAUGGUGCCAAUGUUUCCAAGGAGGCGCGAUCUGCCAUUGCUCGAGCUGCAUCGGUAUUUGUAAUCUUCCUGACCUCCACCUCAACAUCUUUGGCACGUAAACAGAAUCAUAAAACCAUAACAGCGACAAACAUUUUGGAUGCACUAAAGCAGCUGGAAUUUGAAAGUUUUAUAGAUCCGUUGGAAAAAGAUCUAGAAGCGUAUCGAAAGGUUGUGAAAGAUAAAAAGGAUAAAGCCAAAAAGGAUACCAGCACCACGGAAAAUGGUGAAAAAGAAACCGAGAAUGCAGCCUAA